GCCCUGGCGGGGGGGACUGGGAGGCGGCUGGGGCUGAGCACGGAGAUGGGGCUGGGGCUGCAGAGGAAGAUGCUGUGGUCUGGGGGGCCCCGCCUCGUCCCCUCGCUGCUGCUGCUGCUGCUGCUGCUGCCAGAGGCACUGUCUGCAGCUGCUGGCCAAGCAUCUGCCAAAAGCAAGAGGCCCAAAGAGCCAGGAGAGAACAAGAUCAAGCCGGCCAAUAAGCGAGGGAAGCCGACUCUGGCUCCAGGGAAGGAUAGGGACUCCAUAGCCACCGUGUCCAAAACCUCAUCUAUCAUGAUGCAGGUGAUGGAGAAGGGGCGUUUCCAGAAACCAGCCGCUACCCUGAGUCUUGCUGCUGGCCAGUCUCUGGAGCUGAGAUGUAAGGGGAACAAGAUCCAAUGGCAUUAUCCUGAGUACCUGGACACCUUUAAGGACUCACGGCUCAGUAUGAAGCAACAUGACCGCUAUGGGCAGCUUAUCCUGGUGAAUGCUACGGCAGCAGACACUGGGGAAUACAGCUGCUGGCAACAGGUGUGCAGUGGCUACGUGUGCAGGAAGGACGAAGCCAAGACUGGAACUACCUACAUCUUUUUUACAGAGAAAGGUGAGCUCUUUGUGCCUUCUCCCAGCUACUUUGGUGUAGUCUACCUAAACCCAGACAGAGAAGCCGUUGUCCCUUGCCGGGUGACCGUCCCAUCAGCCAAGGUCACUCUGCACAGGGAGUUCCCAGCCAAAGAGAUCCAAAGCAAUGGCAGCAUCAUUUAUGACAUCAAGAGGGGCUUUGUCUACUUGCAUCCUCAACUCGACCAACAAGGGGUGGUCUACUGCCGGGCAGAGGCCCAUGGAGCCCCCCAGAUCUCCAUCAAAUACCAGCUGCUCUAUGUUGAAGUCCCCAGUGGGCCCCCUUCCACCACCAUCGUGGCCUCCUCCAACAGGGUGAAUGGUGGAGAUGACAUUACUGUCCUGUGCACUGUCUUGGGUGAGCCAGAUGUCGAGGUGGAAUUCCGGUGGAUAUACCCUGGGCUGAAGGAUGAAAGGCCCGUGACGAUCCAGGACACGUGGAGACUGGUCAGCCGAGGCCUUGGGUGCACCACGCGGCUGUCCCAGAGCGUCCUCGCCCUCCAGGACUUUGAGACCAUUGACGCUGGCUACUACAUGUGCACAGCUCAGAACCUGCGGGGGCAGACCACCGUAGCCACCACCGUGCAGCUUUCCUGAGUCAGGCAGUGAAUAGACAGUCAUUCCAAGGCCUGGUCUUAUAGGGAACUCUGAUAACAGCUAACAUUGAUGUAGCCAUUUGAGGUUUCCAAGGUGCUUUACAAAUAGUGUCUUCUUUGAGCCUCAUAACUGUCUUGGGAGCUCGGUGCUAUUAUGAUCCCCAUUUUACAGAUGGGAAAACUGAAGCAGAGCGGUCACGGCUCUGCCAGCUUAUUUGGAUCUGUGCUUAGCCAAAAGCCACUGCCAAGGUUUCCGUGCCCAUGUGUAGGUCUCAGACAAAAGCCCCGGCCAGACCAGAAGCCAUCAGGUUCUUGAACAGGGGCUUCCCCUGUCUCCCCAUAAGACUUGGUUUGAAGGGGCUUACUUCCAUGUAUUGGUCUUGAAUGAACACACUCACAUGUACGGAAUUUGAGUAAUAUAAUCGCUGAAUAAAACAUCGUUUGUUUAAAAGGUAAA